UUCUACAGCCAUCACCUCCAGUUCCUUGGUUGCCUGCGCCUCCCUCUCUACAGUGGGGACUUCAUCUCCUAUGAGUCUGAAGGCCUGGUGGUGAGAAAGAGCUAGUAGAGGUGGGCUCGGCCUCUUGGAAGCCCGCAGCAGACGUUAGCAGGGGAAGUACACCAUGAAGAGAAUUCAGGAUGCUGCUUUACCACCUAGAGGAAGGAUAAUUGGCGAAAGGGAAUCUUUUAACGUCUUGGAUACCGCCCACAGAUAAUUCAUGAAAUUCCUUCAGCAGAGGCGGCCUAAAGUGAACACGGAGGGAGGACCCGGAAGUAGGGAGGACCUCCGAGCACGUGAUGGGGUGUCCCGCGGGUGCUGUCACGUGACCCAACAACCUGACAGUCCUCAGUGCGGAAAGCUCUGAGGCUCUUAAAGACCCUCAUCUAUCCCGUCGAAGCCGACUCUGAAGAACACUCUGUGACUUUGGACCCUUGGGGGACCUGAACUUGAUGCCAUGGGAGGACCUGCAGGCUCGUGGCGGAGGCUUUCGGAUUCCGAGGGGGAGGAGACCGCCUCGGAUCCCCAGCCCCCUCUGUUAGACCAUCAGGGCGCCCACUGGAAGAACGCGGUGGGCUUCUGGCUGCUAGGUCUUUGCAACAACUUCUCUUAUGUGGUGAUGCUGAGUGCUGCCCAUGACAUCCUUAGCCAUGAAAAGGUACCUGGGAACCAGAGCCAUGUGGACCCAGGCCCAACGCCCACUCCCCUCAAUGGCUCCUCUCGAUUUGACUGCAACUCUGUCUCCACGGCUGCGGUGCUCCUGGCAGACAUCCUCCCCACCUUUGGCAUUAAGUUGCUGGCUCCUCUUGGCCUUCACCUGCUGCCUUACAGCCCUCGGGUUCUCGUCAGUGGGCUUUGUGCUGCUGGGAGCUUCAUCCUGGUCGCCUUUUCUCAUUCAGUGGGGACCAGCUUGUGUGGUGUAGUCUUGGCUAGCAUCUCCUCAGGCCUGGGGGAGGUCACCUUCCUCUCACUCACUGCCUUCUAUCCCAGGGCUGUGAUCUCCUGGUGGUCCUCGGGUACAGGGGGCGCAGGGCUGCUGGGGGCACUGUCCUACCUGGGCCUCACCCAGGCUGGCCUCUCCCCCCAGCACACCCUGCUGUCCAUGCUGGGUAUUCCUGUCCUGCUGCUGGCCAGCUAUUUCUUCCUGCUCACAUCUCCUGAGCCCCAGGACCCUGGAGGGGAAGAGGAGGCAGAGAUAGCGGCUCAGCAGCCCCUAAUAGGCACCACGGCCUCAGGGUCGAAGCCAGGGUCCAGCUCAGGCCUAUCCCUUCAGGAAAGGUGGACUGUGUUCAAGAGCCUGGUGCAGUACAUCAUCCCCUUGGUCCUGGUGUACUUUGCCGAGUAUUUCAUCAACCAGGGACUUUUCGAGCUCCUCUUUUUCCGGAACACAUCCCUGAGUCACGCUCAGCAGUACCGCUGGUAUCAGAUGCUGUACCAGGCUGGUGUCUUUGCCUCCCGUUCUUCUCUCCACUGCUGUCGCAUCCGCUACACCUGGGCUCUGGCCGUGCUGCAGUGCCUCAACCUAGCCAUCCUGCUGGCGGACGUAUGGUUCAGCUAUCUGCCCAGCAUCUACCUCGUUUUCCUGAUCAUCCUGUAUGAGGGGCUCCUGGGGGGUGCGGCCUACGUGAACACCUUCCACAACAUUGCCCUGGAGACCAGUGAUGAGCAUCGGGAAUUUGCCAUGGCAGCCGCCUGUAUCUCUGACACCUUGGGGAUCUCCCUGUCGGGGCUCCUGGCCUUGCCUCUUCAUGACUUCCUCUGCCAUCUCUCCUGACACUCAGGCUCCUCGGGAUGCAGGACAUGCUGACCUGUGGGCAGGUCGGACACCCAGGCCUACCCAUAGCCAUCCAUGAGCUCUGGCCCUGGCCUUACCUGCAGGCUGGGGGUGGGGCAGUUGUGAAGGCCUUAUUCCAGUGAGCAGGGGCAGCCGUUGUCUCCCGUUCCCAAGCUGGUCUCGGGGAGUUUCUUCUUGGCAUCAUGCCCUCUGAAUAAAUGACUAUUUUAUCAGUUGA